GCAAGUGAUUUUGGAACCGAAAUUCCUCAAUUUUUUAUACAAUUGCAGAAAAAUAUCAGAUUCAAUUCCCACAUUCUCUAGAAGUUGUGUAUCAAAUUUAGGCCACCAAACAAAGAACUUCAAAUCUGCAAAAGCCCAACAAGAAAUCGACUAAUGAAAGUGAAGAAGAAAUAGAGCGAGAUAGAUUAAAUACAACCGUGCGUUUCUCCCACUCUCUAGAUCUUGCUGAAAACAAGAUAGCAGUUUUGCAGUUCGUUUCACACUUUCCUCAAACUAAUAAACCAUUUCCCCUCUGAUUUACUCCUCAUUUAAUUUGCUCGAUUUCCCCUCGUGAAAUCAACCGCUCUCUCGCUCUACAAUCUAGAUCCCCCAUUUCUGAUUCCGAUCCCAUUUCUUUAACCUAUUCUUAAAAAUUCUUUUUUUUGAAGUGUUUAUGUACUAGGCCUUCAUUCAAACCAAGGGCGCUUGAAUCUCUAUCAGCGCCCACCUCCGAAUCUCACGCAAAUCACAUAAAGAUCAAUUCUUUUUGCACGAAUUUAGGUUACGCUGACUGUUACCGAGAUGAAGAUUUGGCUAUGGUAAUGCGGCUUCAAUGGAGGCGGCUAGAUUAGAGAAAAGUGUGGAGAAAUCGCCUGCAAUGCAGGGGCUGCCGGCGAUGCAGAGGACGAGGUUGCAGGUGUGGUUUAUUAGGGUUUGUUCUAGUAUACUAAUUUGGACGUGCUUGGUUCAACUCGUGGCGGUUGGGGAGCUCUGGCACCCUCGUUUGCUUACCGGAAAUCCGGGCUCCGUGAAAAUGUCGGCCAAUCAGGAGGGAUCGUUGCCUACUCAGCCUCCACUGGCAGCCAGGAAUUACACAAGUAAUGGCUUUCUUAAAGUAUCUUGCAACGGUGGCUUGAAUCAAAUGCGCUCUGCGAUAUGUGACAUGGUGGCAAUUGCUCGACUUUUAAAUCUUACACUGGUUGUUCCGAAGCUUGACAAGACAUCAUUCUGGGCCGACCCUAGCAAUUUUGAGGAUAUUUUUGAUGUGGAACAUUUCAUCAAUUCAUUAAGAGAUGAAGUCCGAAUAGUCAAGAGGUUACCAAAGAGGUUUGGUCGACGAUAUGGAUAUCAACCACUUGUGAAGGCUCCUGUUAGCUGGUCAAAUGAGCAAUACUACUUACAACAGAUUCUUCCACUCUUUGCUAAGCACAAAGUGUUACACUUCAACCGAACAGAUUCAAGGCUGGCCAACAAUGGGAUUUCCCUGGAGCUUCAGAAGCUUAGGUGCCGUGUCAAUUUUCAGGCACUAAAGUUUACCCCUCAGAUUGAGUCACUGGGAAACAAGUUGGUCAGUAUUAUCCAACAGAAAGGACCCUAUUUAGCCUUGCAUUUGAGAUAUGAGAUGGACAUGUUGGCUUUCUCGGGAUGCACACAUGGAUGCACCGAAGAGGAAGCAGAAGAGCUCAAACGAAUGAGGUCAAAUCUGUCACUUCUUAGAUAUGCAUUCCCUUGGUGGAGAGAAAAAGAGAUAGUAUCUGAAGAUAAGAGAUCACGUGGUUUAUGCCCUCUUACUCCGGAAGAGAUGGCUCUGAUUUUGCAAGCAUUGGACUUUAGCAGAGAUACCCAGAUCUAUAUUGCAUCUGGUGAGAUCUAUGGCAGUGAACGGAGACUUGCAGCACUAAGAGAUGCUUUUCCAAGGAUUGUGAAAAAAGAAGUGCUGCUAGACCCUGAAGAUUUGCGGCAGUUCCAGAACCAUUCAUCUCAAAUGGCAGCGCUCGAUUUUAUGGUUUCUGUUGCCAGUAAUAUCUUUAUUCCCACGUAUGACGGAAAUAUGGCAAGGGUUGUAGAAGGCCAUCGUAGAUAUCUUGGGUUUAAGAAAACAUUCCAACUGGAUCGUAGAAGACUUGUGGAAUUGUUGGAUUUACAUCAUAACCGAACUCUCUCAUGGGACGAGUUUUCCGCUGCUGUGCGGCUAGCUCAUGAGACAAAAAUGGGACAGCCCUCUCUCCGUAGAGUUAUUGCAGACAAGCCCAAAGAAGAAGAAUAUUUCUAUGCGAAUCCUCAGGAGUGCCUGUGUGAAGCCACGAGCUGUGCUAACUUGUCUCCUGUUGGAAAUGCUACCAUGUCUUUGUGAGAUUCACCUCCCAAAGAGGAGCUACUGAGAUAGAAUAUGCGGAUUGAGCAUGGAGUGUUCUCGAGUGAGAGCAUUGACGCCAUUUGAGAAAGCAAAGGCUUCAACUUGGCAGAAUGGUUCGACGAAUCCGGUAGAGUUAAAUAGCAAGAGACCUAACUUAUUGAUAGGUAUGUGAUUUUGGUCAUCACACGGUAUGAUAUAUGAAUUGCAUGAAGAAAUGCAUGAAUACUAGAAUUGCCUUCAUUCAUUUUGUUCAUAAGCAUUUCUUUUCUUCUGCUGCUGGUGGCUGCAGUUUGUAUCACAUGAUUCCCUGCUAUGCUAUUUAUAUAAAAGUUGCCCCAGUUUGUUAGUAGUA